AUGCCUACCCAAUCCAUCCUCCUCUCCCUCCUCUCUCUCACAACCCUCACCACCCUCGCCACCGCCUCCAGCAUGAAAGUCCAAUACUACACCGACGGCGGCUGCACCUCCUACGCAGUCGAAACCUACCCCUUCGCCAACUGGGACUGCUACAACUACAGCUGGGGCGGCUCCAACAGCGCCAACAUCGCCGCUUGCAAUCCCGACUAUCAGGGUGGCAUUUGCUCGUGCACUUUCUUUACGAGCUCGAAUUGUGGAGGCCAGGGACAUACGGCGGAGUGGAGCAAAGUCGCUCGAGAGGUUGCGAGCAUGGAGUAUGUUGAUCAAUCGGUGGUCUCUGACACAGUCAAUGUAUCUCGCUUCCACGGGCUCCUGACCUAG